AUAGCGCGCGCGUUUACGUAUUACGCGUCACGAUCUAUUGUCCGAAAUACCCAGAGGCGCAGCAAUUCUAGGAUCUUGUAAUUAAUUUUUAGUCGAUGUUUAAAGUUAGCCAUUUUUUCUUUCCCCCAAGCCACGAAAAAAGUGGCUAAGCAACACCGGACGGAAAUUGAAAAUUAUAUACAUUUCGGAGGUAGGAAUUGCACUGGUCAUGCAUUAAUUUCAAAAAAUGCGCGAUGAGAAAAUUCGAUCCCAUUGUAGUUCGGCCAUGUUUUCCCACUUGUUUUAAACCAUUUCUGUGCAGCAGCACGAGACAAAUUCGACAAUAAUCGCUCAACUAGCGUGUUUAAUGGGUCGCAUCUAAUACACGAUCCGUACGGGCGACCACGAAACUAAAAUUUUUUUCCCAUCCUACAAGCAUCGUUAAUGGCCCGUCUCCGUGACGUCACUGCACGCCAUUUUUCCAUAUAAAUUCGAAAACGUAGUUGCCCAUCCGAAGCCAUUUUUAAACUUUCCUGCUACAACAUUUGAGUAGGCUGACGUCAAAGACUCAGAGUAAGGUUGCCACUUCGGUUUUAUACACUUGUACGCUGUACAUUACAUGGAGCAACGCAUGGAUGCACAAGAAAAUCGGUUAAGAAGUUUCGAAAAUACCAGCGAGUCGUGUAUGCAUGAUUGAUUUUACGUUUUUUAUUUAGUGGGCAAUAGUACAUAUAUUUCGCAAAAUAGGCGUACUCAAUUAGCGCAACGGGCUGCCAUUUUUUUUUAUUAAACAUUAAUUAAAACCAAAAUGGUGCCGUCAGGAGUGUUUAACCCCUUCACUUAAUCAUGGCGCGUAUUCUCUGUUAAGAUUUAUCUCUAUCUAUUCACUCCCUUUAAUACAUUUGGUUAUUGCCAGUUGUAUACUUUGUUGCCGUAACGAAUCCCGUCUGUUGAUUUAUAUCAACAUUAAUGUGAACUGUCACAUGCGUCUUGGACAUGUGGAACUGUUGCACGCGAUCCCGUUCGGGUUUUGUCGCCCCCGGUUAUGUUUAUUGUCAUUGAUUGAUCCCGACGACCGUGUCACGGCUCUAUCACUUCCAAUUAACCUGGCAAUGGCUCUAAAUUUUCGAUUGUUAACUCGUAAUGCGUGGUGUUUACGCUAUCCGAGUUGAAGUAACACCUGUUGAAUGUUUUAGUUUUUCAAAUUCCUAUGCGAAAAUUCCCUGAACUAUUGGUAAAAAUUCCUGUAUCACAGGAAUAUUCUCGUAAUUUAAAUCAAUAUAGGGAAAUUUCCUAAAUUGUAGGGAAUUACCUUCUAAUUCUUCAUGUAUACGUGAGGGUAUUUUUGCAUAAGAAUUUGAAGAUGUUUUUUUAAUGUUCGUAUAGACUGAUAAAAUAAUUCCCCGUAUUAAUUAAUAAGAAAGUUCUGACAAUUUAGGGAAUUUAAUAAUAGACGAUUAUUAUUGAAAGGGAUAUUGUUGCCGACAAGUUAGGGAAAUUCCCCAACUGGAAUAAUCCUCUUAAUUACGUAAUUUAAAAACUUCGAAGAAUUAUUUUCUUUAAAUAAUAAUCUAGUUUAUGGAAAUUAUAUAUAAUAAUAUAAUAAAUUGAGAUUAUAAACUAAUAAGAAUUAAGGACGAAACAAAAGUACUUUUAGGGAAAUCACCACUCUACGUAAUUCUACAUAAAAUUCCCUAACAAAUUUUAAUAUUUGUGUAACAAAACAAAGAUUAAAGUGGAAAUGUAAAGUAAAUUAUUACUUAUAAUAGAAUUUUCUUUGUAAAUGUUAAACAAUAGUGCAUAUUUCUGAAAUAAACCAUUUCAAAGAUAUUUAUUAUUAUUCAUGGAAAAAAAUAGUAAAUUAUAAGUGUGAUUUUAAGAGAAGAUUUACGCAAGUCCUCGGUAGUAUAGUGAUGUCGCAUCCUCGAACGAAGCCGUUCAUUUACAGCAACGACUGCGCAGUCUCAGUUCGGAGUUGGUGACAUUAAGGAACCGUUUACAUAUGACAGGAGGCGCAACUGUUGCUUCUUUAAACGAUCAGACUUUACCUUCGUUUCAACAUAAAGGGGAACUUUGUACAUCAUCUGCUGAUAAACUACCUCAGAAUGAUGCUUGCGCUCAGGUUCACGAUUUAGUGCAUCUAUCAGGUCCACUAACUGAGGAUGCAGUGCUGAGGACUCUCACGGCAAGGUUUUACAAUGGGGAAUACUUCACUAACGUCGGUCCCAUCUUGCUGGCCAUUAAUCCGUACAAAGAUGUCGGAAAUCCUCUGACACUGAACAGUGCUACAUCAUGCUGUCCACAGUUAUUACGGGUCGUGCACGAAGCGGUUAGGCAACAUGGAGAAACUGGUUAUCCCCAGUCCAUAAUCCUCAGUGGGGACUGCGGGAGUGGAAAAACCUACUCGUCUAUGCUCAUGUUACGUCAACUCUUCGAUGUGGCAGGGGGUGGGCCAGAAACCGAUGCUUUCAAGCAUCUGGCAGCUGCGUUUACAGUUCUAAGGUCACUGGGGACCGCUAAAACUUCCUCCAACUCGGAAUCUAGUCGUAUAGGUCAUUUUAUCGAAUUGCAAAUGACGGAUGGUGCCCUGUACCGAACUAAAAUUCACUGUUACUUUUUGGACCAGACCAGAGUGGUACGUCCUCAUCCCAAAGAGAAAAAUUAUCAUAUUUUUUAUCAAAUGUUAGCUGGACUAACAUCGGAAGAAAGAAGUAAAUUGUAUUUAGAUGGUUACUCUAUCCAAAACCUUCACUACCUCAAUAGAGGAGACACGAGCCAAAACGAAAGCGAAGAUGCUGCGAGAUUUUUAGCUUGGAAAACAUGUCUCUCCAUUUUGGGCAUUCCUUUUAUGGAUGUUGUACGUGUGCUAGCAGCUGUUUUAUUAUUAGGAAACAUACAAUUUGUAGAUGGAGCGGGUCUCGAAGUCGAAGUCAAAGGAAGCAAUGAAAUAAAACCAGUUGCAGCUCUUUUGGGUAUAUCUAGCAUAGCCCUGUUUAAAGGUUUGACUACUCGCACGAGAAACAUCCGUGGGCAGCUUGUAAAAUCAGCCAGCGACGCUUUAAUGUCUAACAUGACUAGGGAUGCAUUGGCUAAAGCUCUUUACUGCAGGACAGUAGCGACUAUAGUCAGGAGGGCAAACAGUUUAAAACGUCUCGGUUCAACGUCAGGUACGCUCAGCUCCGACAGCAACGACUCCGUUCAUAAUCAGACAGAAACUGGAAGCCAACACGCAUCUACUGUGGGCUCAGGAGGGGGUAAAGUUAGCAAAUCGUUAACUGUCCUAAAUUCAGCGGUGCGACACGCUACCGAUGGGUUCAUUGGAAUACUAGACAUGUUCGGGUUUGAAGACAGUAAGCCGAGUCACUUGGAGCAUCUCUGCAUAAAUCUGUGUGCAGAAACAUUACAGCAUUUUUACAACACGCAUGUUUUUAAGAGCAGCAUCGAAUCGUGCAGGGAAGAAGGAGUAUUGACAGAAGUUCAAGUUGAUUACGUGGAUAACGUUCCUUGCAUCGAUCUUAUAUCAUCUCUGAGGACCGGCCUGCUUAGCAUGUUAGAUACCGAGUGUUCGGUAAGAGGAACUCCCGAAUCGUAUAUUGGGAAAGUGAAAGCUCAGCAUAAAUCUAAUAAUAGGAUUUUUGAAAUAAAACCCACCGAUGUCAGAGCUUUCGGUAUUCGCCAUUUUGCUGGGAAUGUAGUGUAUGAUGCUUCUAAUUUCUUAGAUACUAACAGAGAUGUGGUACCUGACGAUAUUAUAUCUGUUUUCCACACUUCCACGUGCACGUGCGGUUUUGCUACGUACUUGUUCGGAAGUGAACUAAAAGCUCUUUAUUCUCAAGAACCUGUACCACGUGGUGUAUACUUUCGAAUAUCUCCUACAGCACCAUCUGAUCUAAUCAAUGGUGAUGAACCUGUUUCCACACUAACGCAAGACUUUCACAGUCGAUUAGAUAAUCUUCUAAAAACUCUAGUCCACGCAAAGCCACAUUUCAUUCGUUGCAUUAAGGCGAACAACAAAGAACAACCAGGUCAUUUAGAUAGAGCAGUUGUCAUGCAACAGAUCAGAUCACUACAAGUUUUGGAAACAUUAAACCUUAUGGCCACAGGUCAUCCGCAUAGAAUGAGAUUCAAGGCUUUUAAUUAUCGGUACCAUCUACUGGCACCUUCAAAGAAACUUAAGAGGACAGAAGAAAGUUCGAUUGAAGAUUGUAAAGUUAUUUUGGAUUACUUUGUUCGAAGUUCGUCAAGUUGGCCAGCAUCCCCAGCGUCUACAGAUUGGGCUCUUGGUAAACGCCACAUAUUUUUGAGUGAGGGCGCAAGACAACAGUUGGAGUUAUUACGUAUGGAACGACGUCAGAAAGCAGCCAUUUUGGUACAGUCCACAUGGAGGGGUUGGAACUUCAGGCAACGAUGGCCUAACUUGAAACGUAAUCUCCAACUUCAAAUGAAAUCGAGAGGUAUGAGAAAUCAAUCCGUACCCGCAGUUUUGCCCAAUUCUGUUUUAAUCUCAAGGCCGAGACCCCAGCCCAUCGCUGGUACACCGCCACCCGAUUUGGAAAGGUGUAAUCAUAAAACGAUACAACAAACAUGUACACUGUUUGGUCUAGAUUUGGAAAGACCCCCUCCAGUACCACCCAGCAGGCCGUAUACCGUUGCGGGAAACACUAAGUUGGGAUAUCCACAAACUAGGGUGAUGAAAAUGAAUUACACGGAGGAUGGCAACACUGAAGUCACACUUCACAAAGGAGAAUCAGUCUUAGUCAUGGGAGCUUCUCAGAGAAGGGGACACUUGGUUGUGGAAUACAAAAAUCGUACCUUUCACGUUCCUUACCAACACCUGGAACUAAAACCCGGUACAGAAGAAGAUAUUUGAAUAUCUAUAUUUAAAGGAGGAAAACAAAAAAAAAGUGUUUAAAGUGGAGGCCAAAUGAACAUAAUUAAUACAAAAAAGAAUGUACAUUUUCAUUAUCAAUAAUUUGCCAAAACUAAUAUUUAGUUUUUAACUGCAACUUGUACAGAAAAAUAAAAUGAAUAACGAGGGAAGGGGAGUGUACAAUAAAAAUGUGUGCAUCAUCUAAAUAAGAAUAAAACGUUCAUUUUUUUUUUC